ACUGGUUUAAAUUUCAUUGUUUCCAUCAAUCAUUUCAUCAGUAAUGCUGGUCUGAAAGUCAGAUCUGAGUCAUUCAUUUGCUAAGCUUCUCCAAGGUCUUGCCAGAUCCAACUUUGCUGGAUUUCUCUUGAAACACGGACCAAUUACUUCAAGUUGAUCUGUGGUCAAUGAUAAGUUGUCCGGGCUUGAAGCAGAAUCAACAGAAAAUAGGGUCCCCAUCGACAGCAGUCAAUCUCAGCGACUCCUCCAGUGGCUCCACAGGAAUCUGGAGUUGCUCCACUAGCUCGGUGUGGAUAAAGUCCCCUUCAGCUACAGAAUCAAUUAAUGCUGAGAAUACAAAGACAGACUGAGGGCAGUUAACUGUCACAGGAAGAAGCUGGAACAUUUGCUGUUUAUACACUGAAGAGAGAAAACAAUAACCGAUAAUGGCUAACGGCAGAGAAUGGAUUUCAGGUAAAAGUUCCAGAGACAUACCUUACAAGUAUUGUGAGGGGAAGCAUGUGAAUUUAACUCAACUGGAAGAGGACUUCCCUGACCAUCGCUACCUGAAGAAGAAAAGUAUUCUCUGUUAUCCUGAGUGUGUGUUCAGGGCGCCCAAAGUUUGCCAUGUAACUAAUCAGAGUGGUCUUGAGGGAAUACUCAAAGAUGGAGGAUUCCAAGGGAAGGACAGCUUCCUGUGGUGGAGCCUUUCAGUGUCUGAUGACACUGCUGUGAAAAUUCAAAAUUUUUCUGAGCAUUGGCAAAGGUUGGACCAGGUGCCUUUACUGAAAGAAUUCACCACUUCACCCGCAUUCCAGAGUAAAUCUCGUUAUGGCAAUUUUUGCUUUACUUUUAAUCUAAGAGCGCUUCUGAAUAUAUACAGCAAGGAGUACUGUAACAGAACUGCUCCAAUUCUGCGUGUGCUAGGCACCCGCUUCUUCAAGCAAGAGGUUCUCUAUGUAAUUUUGGUGCAUCCACGAUAUAUGACGCGCUAUAGCAAAUACCCUCGCUUACCCUUUAAUGAUAAACGUUUGUGUGGGUACAGGUUUGGGAAUCUGUCCUGGCGCUGCCAGUCUCCUUCAGAUAACUAUAAACACUGCCUGGGGCAGAAUGAUGAAGGUGAUAUGGUUGCCAUACCUCUGAGAGAGUCAGAAUAUUUUGUAUGGGAUAAUGUAGCCGUGGCUUUCCAUAUGGAGCAAAAUUGGUUACUACCUGUAAGUCACAGCCGGCUAUUCAAAAACUUGAGUGUAUGUGAGAGAGCUUCGCCAGAUCUGUCAAAUGAUCCAGAAAUGUCUCUCUCAGAGGCUGAGGCAGAAGUAGAGAAAUUGAGAAAUAAAUAUCUAUCCUGAAAUAUCUAUCAGAGGUGAUUGGUCUUGCUUCUAUAGUUUCAUGGAAGCUUUGUAAUUCUAUCAAAUACACUCAGACUACUUAAGUAAAAUCAGAAGGUAUGUCUAAAUGAAACUAAUAUGCCACAGCACUGUUAUAUUCUCAAUUCUGAUUGGUCAGACCGUGCUGAUUAAUUUUCUAUAACAGCAACUCUGACAAUUCUAAUGAUAUGGUUCUUGUAAUAUGUUCUUGUCAUACAUCAAAUUGUUGAUAUAAUGAAACGUUCUGCAAGAUGUUCAUUUAACAUUUAUGGAAAGAGUCUUCACUGUCAGCACUGUAAUAAUGUUCUAAAAUUUAGUAAGCUUUCUUGCACCAGAUGACAUGAGAGAAGACCGUCUGAUCUCCUAAUGAUGUCCACUAGAUGGUUGUGAAACACCAUGGAGCCUAUUGUUGAACCUCUGUCUUUUAUUAUAUUGAAUACAACCCCG